AUGAUUAUAGCACUCGGUUUUCAAAAAUAUCAACAAAGGUCCGGUGCUGGCAGGUCUUGUGACACAAAUGAGACAGCUGGUUGGACACGUUUUGUUGAUCAAGCAGGCACAGCAAUCAUCAAUCAUAUUCCAGAGUCAGGUCUUCGUCUAUGUGGUGGCGGAAGCCCCGGUUGGCUCUUUGGCGUUUAUCCUUCAAUACUUUAUUCAACAACAAUUGGAACUAUAUGCUAUGUCAGUCCAACUGGUACACCAUGUGCACGCAUUGCUGGUCAGCCGGUGCGUGUCACACACUGUGGCGCCUAUUUUGUGUUCGACAUGCCGGUAGCACCUGAAUGUCCACUGAGAGCAUGUACUAUUGAUGAACGUAUGCCGUUUUGA